UCAUUUAGACCAACUAACGGCCAAAAGAUCCGACAAAAAUAUCUACCCUUUCACUUUCUAGGGCGCCUAUUCCUGAGGUUUCCGUACAGCCCCUGUUCCUAAACUGCAAGAGGAGAAGCGGCGGCGGCGGCGGCGGCAGCGCCACAACUCUCCCAGUCCUAGACGUUUCGGCCCUUCCAAGCAUGGCUCUGGGGACUGUCAUGCGUGAGGGAGGGAAAACGGGGAGAAGGGAAAGGUGAGGGCCGGAACACCCCUCACCAAGAUGGCCGCGGCGGCUGCCGGAGUGACGCUUCCGCCAACUCAGAGGCUGCUGCCUACGUGGCUGUCCGGCGCCUGAGCAAAGAGGGCGGCGGAAGAGAGAAAGGGGACUGUGCGUGAGCCCCGUCCGUGGAAGGUGGAGGGCGGGAAGGAGAAAAUGUCGGAAAAACGCCAAGACAGCCUGAGCGUGGCUCAGCAGGUAGAUCACCUGGAAGACAAGUUGCUCCACUGCAGAGAGGCCUUGGAAGAUAUAGAUUUUAAGCUGAGGAGAGAAGACUUGACUCUUAAGAGAAGAGAGUCAUUGGAGAAACAGAAAAGCCUACUAGCAAUGCAAGCUGAAGCUUAUGAAAAAGAACUUAAAAUUCUUCAUCAGGAGAAUCGCAAAAUUGUAGCACUCUCGGCAGCUGUUGUUUUGCUGGUGGUGGUGAUUUAUACCUGCUGGACAAUGUAGAAGCUUUUUUUCCCUUCACACACCCCCAAGAUGUAAUGACUUGACAUUGUUAAAUCUCUUCCUCUCCUCACCAAACUGCCUCAUCAGUGCCAUUUCCAUAUCAUUCAGACACCUCUGACUUACCACAGUCAACCAUCAUCAACAAAGCAGAAGCGGAGAAGAUGCUGAGGUUUGUUGGAGCCCUCCGGCUGACUGCUGUAGGGAGGACUUGUAUGAUAGUUUACCCUUUAGUUAUGGAACUAUCUCCAAGGAAAAACUAUUGGUCACCAUCUAGUCAGCACAAGUUGCUGGCUUUUUUUUCAUUCACUGGGGCAUUCUGCAUCUCCCACCAAUCUGUAUUUGUUUUUUGUUUUGCUUUGUAAUCACAGUCAUUGUUCUAUCCUUGAUGGUGCAUCUAUUUUGUGAGAUAGCCCAAAGAUAUCUGAUAUGGGCACCCAUAUAAACCUAG